UCCGUCACCUGUACUGGUCACAGACCGCCCAGAGCUGGGUGCUUGAGAAAACGGCUGCGUGUUCGCUUGCGAUUCUGCCCCUGGCUCGGCUUCGGCUGGCAGUCCUUCUGCGGCUUCGCCUGGGGUCAGUCACACAGCCGUGGUCAGCAGGCGGCACGAAACCCAAGAGGCUCCCACACGCUGGUCCCGCAUCUCAGCCGGGGACUGCCCGCCUGUCUCCGGAGCCCAGGGCUCAGGGUUCCCGGAGGGCGGAAUCGGAGGCUGCCAGCCUUGCCCGUGCCCUGCGGUCCCCUCGGCGUCCCCUCGGCGGCACUCUGCAGCUCAGAGCGUCACGUGGCCGCAGAGAACCGGCCGUCUUCACUCGGCCACGGGAGCCUUUCUUCCCGUUUGGAGAGAGGAUUUGCAGGCUUGGCCCAGAAGAAGAUGGUCCCGACGGAGGCCCCGUUGAUGACUGGACAGCCGGGUCCUGGCCACGGGAAGAAGUUGGGUCAUCGGGGCGUGGACGCCUCUGGCGAAACCACCUACAAGAAGACCACCUCCUCCACCCUGAAGGGGGCCAUUCAGCUGGGUAUCGGCUACACUGUGGGCAAUCUGAGCUCCAAGCCAGAGCGUGACGUGCUCAUGCAAGACUUCUACGUCGUGGAGAGCAUCUUCUUCCCCAGCGAAGGCAGCAACCUCACCCCCGCCCACCACUUCCAGGACUUCAGGUUCAAGACCUACGCCCCCGUCGCCUUCCGCUACUUCCGGGAGCUCUUCGGGAUCCGGCCGGAUGAUUACUUGUACUCGCUGUGCAACGAGCCCCUGAUCGAGCUGUCCAACCCUGGCGCCAGCGGCUCCCUGUUCUACGUCACCAGUGACGACGAGUUCAUCAUCAAGACGGUGAUGCACAAGGAGGCCGAGUUCCUGCAGAAGCUGCUGCCCGGCUACUACAUGAACCUCAACCAGAACCCGAGGACGCUGUUGCCCAAGUUCUACGGGCUGUACUGUGUGCAGUCAGGCGGCAAGAACAUCCGCGUGGUGGUCAUGAACAAUAUCCUGCCGCGCGUCGUCAAGAUGCACCUCAAGUUCGACCUCAAGGGCUCCACGUACAAGCGGCGGGCCAGCAAGAAGGAGAAGGAGAAGAGCAUCCCCACCUACAAGGACCUGGACUUCAUCCAGGACAUGCCCGAGGGGCUUCUGCUCGACGCAGACACCUUCUCUGCGCUCGUCAAGACGCUGCAGAGGGACUGCCUGGUGCUGGAGAGCUUCAAGAUCAUGGACUACAGCCUGCUCCUGGGCGUGCACAACAUCGACCAGCAGGAGCGCGAGCGGCAGGCCGAGGGUGCCCAGAGCACCGCGGACGAGAAGCGGCCGCUAGGGCAGAAGGCGCUCUACUCCACGGCCAUGGAGUCCAUCCAGGGCGGGGCCGCACGCGGGGAGGCCAUCGAGUCGGAUGACACGAUGGGCGGGAUUCCCGCCGUGAACGGCCGAGGGGAGCGUCUGCUGCUGCAUAUCGGCAUCAUUGAUAUUCUGCAGUCCUACAGGUUCAUCAAGAAGCUGGAACAUACUUGGAAGGCUCUCGUCCAUGAUGGGGACACUGUGUCUGUCCACCGGCCCAGCUUCUACGCGGAACGCUUCUUCAAGUUCAUGAGCAACACGGUCUUCCGGAAGAAUUCCUCCCUGAAAUCCUCGCCGUCCAAGAAGGGCCGUGGUGCCUUGCUGGCCGUCAAGCCCCUGGGGCCCACAGCUGCCUUCUCGGCCAGCCAGAUCCCCAGCGAGCGGGAGGACGCACAGUACGACCUCCGGGGGGCCCGCAGCUACCCCACACUGGAGGAUGAAGGUCGGCCCGACCUCCUGCCCUGCACGCCGCCAUCUUUUGAGGAGGCCACCACCGCCUCCAUCGCUACUACCCUGUCCUCCACGUCUCUCUCCAUCCCGGAGCGAUCUCCCUCGGAGACGUCCGAGCAGCCGCGGUACCGGUGA